AUGUUUUACUCCAUCCGCGCCGCGUUCCCCGACCGUGUCGAUUGGAUUGGCUCUGCAGGCGAUCCUGGCCAUGUUCAGCCAGGGCCUGCUGCGCGCAUCCGCUAUCCUGCGAGGGAGAACGAGCCCCUCGCUGACAGCGUGCUGGGCAAGAGGAUGCUACGACAUGAUGUCGGAUCGAUGACCUCUUUCGAGGGAGCCACGUUUGAAGACCUGGAGGCUCACGCGAAGGACUUUCCGACUUACCGCGGCGUUUGGCACCCGCGCCAGCGCCCCGCAUUGGAAGGCGACCCAUGGCCGCUCGCCACUUUGGAGGGCCGCAGGGCGUUGCACAAACAGGACUACCAGGUCGAGUGCGCGGACAGCCUUGUGCAUCACGAGUGGCUGAAGCGCUCUGACUAC